CGGCAUCUUUCUGGGCCUUCGCCCCUGCGAUGCUGCACACCUUCCCGGGCCUUCAUCACCGCCAGUGUCUCCUCCAGGCCCUCGCGGCUGUAAACAGCGUCACCCCGGGCCCGGGUGAUGCUUCGCCGUUACUAUGGCCGAGGCCAGGAGGUUCACGAAGUCUCUGAGCAAGCCGGGGACGGCGGCCGAGAUGAGGCAAAGCGCAUCGGAGGCAGUCAGAAGGUCCACGUACAGCCAGGUGCGUCCCCGCAUGGUGGAGCCCCUGGACUAUGAGAGCGUCAUCCAGCAGCGCCGCACGCAGAUUCACAGCGACCCACUCCGUGACCUUCUCCUCUUCCCUCACGACGACGUCACGGUGUCUCGCCAGCCCAGGCAGCGUCGCACCGUCGUGCCGUCCGUUCCGCCCGAAGCAGCGCAGGAGGCGCGCAGCCUCCUCGUCACCGAGUGCAUAAAGUCAUACACAACAAGCUGGAAUGUGCUGGACUACCGCUACCAGCAGUACACGGGGGACUACCGGCAGCUACCCCAGAAUGCGGCAUGGCUGGAGAAGCUGCCCACCCACACGUUCGACAUCGACGAGGACGUGGACAAGGAAGAGGACACGGCGUCGCUGGCGUCACUCAAGGGCGGCAUCAUGAAGCAGGGCUGGCUCUACAAGGGCAACGUCAACAGCGUCAGCAUGCGGUCCUUCAAGCGCCGCUACUUCUCGCUUACCCAGCUGCCCGACGGAUCGUUCAUCCUCAACUUCUACAAGGACGAGAAGCUCAGCAAGGAGCCCAAGGGCUCCAUCUUCCUGGACUCCUGCGUCGGGGUCGUGCAGACCCCCAAGGUGCGGCGCUUCGCGUUUGAGCUGAGGAUGCAGCACCACCGCGCCGGCUAUGUCCUCGCCGCCGAGAGCGACGCCGACUGCGACGAGUGGAGCGCCGCCAUCACCCGCGUCCUCGCCCUCGCCGGCACCGGUGCCGGCAUCGGCGCCGCCGGGGGGGAGCGCAGGAACGGAGACGGCGGCGGGGAGCACGAUGAGGACGCGGUGAAGCCGGAGAGUCUCACGGAGAGUCUGGAGAGCAGCAUGCACCCUGAGCUCAUCAAGUAUGCCAGGGAGACGGACCACAUGAACAAGACUCUGCGCAGCGAGGCUCGGCACAAACUCUUCAGCCUGGACCCCGACAUGCAGCGCUGCGCCGGCGGUGCGGCGGAGGCGCCGCCGCGUCUACCGCACGACGCCGAGGCGCUCUCCCACCGCAUCCUCGUCUCCUGCCACGCGCUUCGCUUCGCCCUGCAGGCGCCCGCCAGCGACGACGGCGACGACGGUGGUGGCGACGGCGACUCCACCGGCGCCGGCACCACCAACGUGGAGCCGUUCUUCGUGUCUCUGGCGUUGUUCGAUGCGCGCGCCUCCCGCAAGAUCUCCUCCGACUUCCACGUGGACCUGAACCAGGCGUGGAUGCGGCGCGUGCUGCUGGCGGGGGCCGGUGGGGUGGGAGGCGAGGAAGAGGGGGCGCCUGGGGGGGGGGCACCGUGGGGGGGCGACGGCGGCUUGGGGCAGCCGCGUCUCGUGGGCGUCUCGGCGGACAACCUGCGCUACCCGACGCAGGCCGUGUUCUCCGUAGCGGAGCCGCACUGCGACGUGUUCCUGGUGGCACGCGUGGACAAGGUGCUGCAGGGCGGCGUGGCGCAGUGCGCCGAGCCCUACAUCAAGAACCACGACUCUGGCAAGAUCGCGCAGAAGGUGCAAAAGCAGAUGAGGCAGGUGUGCGUGAAGCUCGCUCCCUACCACAUGCCCUUCGCCUGGGCCGCACGGCCCGUGUUCCGUGAGGGCCCGUGCGUGGUUGACAGAGACUCGCGCUUCUCCGCGCUCUUCCGGCAAGACAGCGCCAAGUUGUCUGACGAGGAUCUGCUCAAGACUCUCUCGGAGUUCCGCAAGCCAGAGAGGAUGGCGAAACUUCAGGUCAUCCCAGGGUCACUGGACGUCACCGUGGAAGUGGUUCCUGCUGAACUUCCCAACUGCGUGACCUCUUCCUACGUCCCGGUCCACCCCUUCCACUUGACCCCCGAGGGGACGGGGGGUGAGGGAAUAUCGGGGGUCUCGGGGGCCGCGGCGGUGGUGGAGGUGGAGGAGUUUGUGCCGGAGGAGGCGCGCCUGGCGCAGCCGUUCGCCGUCUACCGGAACCACCUCUACGUCUACCCUCGCGCUCUCAAGUACGACGGGCAGCGCAGCUUCCCCAAGGCCAGGAACCUGGCUGUCUGCAUCGAGUUCCGGGACUCGGACGCGGAAUCUGCUCAGCCUCUCCCGUGCGUCUACGGCAAGCCGGGCGGCCCUCCCUUCGUGAUGCGCGCCGUCGCCGCCGUGCUGCACCACCAGCACAGCCCCGAGUUCUACGACGAGGUGAAGAUCCGUCUGCCCACGCAGCUGCACUCGGGUCACCACCUCCUCUUCUCCUUCUUCCACAUCAGCUGUGAAGUGAGCGGGAAGGCGGCCACAAAGAAGAGGGAGGCGGUGGAGACGCAGGUGGGCUACGCGUGGCUGCCCUUGCUGCGCGAUGGCCGCGUGGUGUCAGGGGAGGUCCCGCUCAGCGCUUCCGCGUCGCUCCCCGCUGGAUACCUGGCUUCUAACGACACCGCCGGGGCCACCAAGCAUGUGGGCCCGGAUAUUCGCUGGGUGGACGGCGGCAAGCAGGUGUUCCGUGUAGCCACUCACCUUGUCUCCACCAUCUACACGCAGGACCAACACUUGCACAACUUCUUCUCGUACUGCGAGCGCGCAGAGGAGGCGGAGACAGGGGGUGCUCCCCUCAACGAGGGGGAGCUCAUCAAGUACUUGAAGAGUCUGCACGCCGUAGAGAGUCACGUGAUGGUGGCGUUCCUGCCCACACUGCUUAAUCAGCUGUUCCACGUGCUCACCCACGCCACCCACAGCGACGUCGCUAUCAACGCCACGCGGGUUCUUAUUCACGUGGUGUCUCAGUGCCAUGAAGAGGAGUUGGAUCACUUCCUGCAUUCUUACGUCACGUUUGUGUUCAAGACAGAGGAGUCUGCGGAGGCCUGCGAAGGCCUCACCCUGCACGAGGAACUUGCCAAGUCGCUCGGCUUCCUCCUCAAGCCCAGCACCGACUUCCUCACCUGCAACAAACUCCUCAAGUUUUCAUGGUUCUUCUUUGAGAUCCUCAUCAAGUCCAUGGCUCAAAACCUCGUGGACUCCGGGAGGAUCAAGCUGAACCGGACGCAGCGGUUGCCGGCGUCGUUCCACACGGCGGUGGAGGAUCUGGUGGUGGCGGCGACGGAAAACAUCGUCAUCAAGCACCGCGACUUCGCGAGCGAGACGCGGCGCGCCAACCACAGCCUCGCCGCCUUCAUCAAGAGGUGCUUCACGUUCAUGGACCGCGGCUUCCUCUUCAAACUCAUCAACUUGUACAUGCACAGUUUCGGCCCUGGCGACCCCAAGACCCUGUUUGAAUUCAAGUUGGCGUUCCUGAAGGAGAUUUGCAGCCACGAGCAUUACAUCCCCCUGAACCUCGCCAUGUCCUUCAGUAGGGGCCGCAUCCAGCGGUACCAAGAUUUGCUCUUUCCAACGGAGGCGACGCGAGAGGGCCUGCCAGAUCUGCAGCUGGAUUACAGUUUGACAGAAGAUUUCUGCAAAAACCACUUCCUGGUUGGACUUUUACUUCGGGAGGUGAGCUCCGCGCUGCAGCAAGAGAGUGGCGACGUGCGUCCGGCCGCCAUCGCUGUACUCAAGCAGCUGAUGGCUAAACACGCGCACGACGACCGCUACGCACACAAGAACCAGCAGGCGCGGAUCGCGUCGCUGUACCUGCCCCUGCUGGGGAUCGCGCUGGAGAACGUCUCCCGCCUCAACGUCGCCCGCGACCACGCCCUGCUGCCCAGCGCCAGCGCCAACACCUGCACGGUUACGCGCGACGACUUCACCGCAUGCGUGCAGAACCCCGUGCCGGGCGGCGCGACCUCUAACGCCGCGGGGUCGUGCACUCCGCACCGGGCUCAGGCCGCCGCCACGGCAACAGCGGCCGGGGACCUCUUCUCAGCCAUCUCCGGCACAGGCACCCCAGGGCAGCUGGUGGUGAGACACGCGGAUUCCCGCGCGUCGCUCGUGAGCAUCGAGUCCGCCACGGGGCUGCCGAGCGCGCACGACAAGGCCAACUCGCUCGAGAAGCAAGGUGCAGGGUCGGUGUUGCGGCUGCGUCCUCUGGAGCACGGCGAGAGCCGCAGCCUCCUGCUGUGUGUCCUGCACGUCCUGAAGAGCGUCUCUGAGGAUGCACUGCUCGCGUACUGGAACAAAGCCUCUGACACAGAACUCCUCGACUUCUUCACCCUCCUCGAGAUCUGUCUCCAUCAGUUCAAGUACAUGGGGAAGCGCUACCUGGCCAGGGCGGUGGAGGCCGCUAGCCCGGUGCGCUCUGCACCACCGCCGCCCCCAGAAAGGAAGUCUCAGACGCUCCCCGCGCCGCGUAACCUCCUCCCCAGCAGGGCCGCCUCGCUGCAUGCUCGCUUCUCUCACCUGCCCAGCGCCGAACCUGGCGCCAGCGGUGGCAGCCUGCACCACAGCUACGGCCACUCGGAGGUGGAGGCGGUGCUGGAGGCGGCGCUGGCGACGGAGGCCGGGCUCGUGGUGCUCGACGCCCUCGCCUGCUUCACCCACAGCUUCAAGGAGCAGCUGCUGGCAGAGGAGAGCCACGGGCGGCUGAUGCGCCGCGUCUUCGACGUGCUACUCACCUUCCUCGCCGUGCCACAGUCCGAAGCCACGCUGCGCCACGUCUUCGCUGUGCUGCGCGGCUUCAUCAACAAGUUCCCGGCGGCGCUGUUCACGGGCCGUGCCGACAUGUGCGCCUCGCUCUGCUACGAGCUGCUCAAGUGCUGCAGCGCCAAGCUGGGCUCCACACGCAGCGAGGCCUGCGCUCUGCUCUACUUGCUCAUGCGCAACAACUUCGAGUACACCGGCAGAAAGUCCUUCGUGCGCUCCCACCUGCAGAUCAUCAUUGCCGUGAGUCAGCUGAUCGCUGAUGUUGUUGGCAUCGGAGGCUCCAGGUUCCAGCACUCGCUGUCCAUAGUCAACAACUACGCCAACAGCGACAAGGCCAUGAAGGCCACGGCGUUCCCCGCGGAGGUGAAGGACCUGACCAAGAGGAUCCGCACGGUGCUGAUGGCGACGGCGCAGAUGAAGGAGCACGCUGGCGACCCCGAACUGCUGGCCGACCUGCAGUACAGCCUGGCGCGCUCCUACGCCAGCACGCCGGAGCUGCGCAAGGCCUGGCUAGAGAGCAUGGCGCGCACGCACCUACAGCACGGAGACCUCUCGGAGGCCGCCAUGUGCUACGUCCACGUCGCCGCUCUCGUCGCCGAGUACCUCAAACGCAAAGGUUCGUACACCAGGGGCUGCGCCGCGUUCCGCGUCCUCUCCCCCAACGUGGACGAGGAAGCGGCCAUGAAAGAGGACGCCGGCAUGGAGGACGUUCACUUCAACGAGGACGUGCUGGUGGAGCUGCUGGAACGCGUGGCCGACGCGCUCUGGAAGGCCGAGCGCUACGAGCUGCUGGCCGACGUCUACCGCCUCGUCGUGCCCGUCUUCGAGAAGCGCCGCGACUUCCAGCGUCUGUCCCAGGUGUACAACACGCUGCACCUCGCCUACAAGAAGGUGGUUGAGGUGACGCACAGCGGGCGGCGCCUGCUCGGCACCUUCUUCAGGGUGGCCUUCUUCGGCCAGGCAGCGGGCUUCUUUGAGGAGGAGGACGGCAAGGAGUACGUGUACAAGGAGCCCAAGCUGACGGGCCUGGCCGAGCUGUCGCAGCGCCUGCUGCAGCUCUACGCCCACAAGUUCGGCGCCUCCAACGUCCGCAUGCUCCAGGACUCGGGCAAGGUGAACGCCAAGGACCUGGACCCGCGGUGUGCGUACAUCCAGGUGACGUACGUGACGCCGUACUUCGAGGAGAAGGAGCAGCAGGAGCGGCGCUCGGAGUUCGAGCGCUGCCACGGCGUGCGGCGCUUCGCCUUCGAGACGCCGUACACGCUGGGGGGCGGCGGCGCCCGCCAGGGCGGCGUCCACGAGCAGUGCAAGCGCCGCACCGUCCUCACCACCACGCACGCAUUCCCGUACGUGAAGAAGCGCGUGCCCGUGAUGUACGAGCAGCACGUGGAGCUGGGCCCUGUGGAGGUGGCGGUGGACGAGAUGAGCGCGCGGGCCGCCGAGCUGCGGGCACUGAGCGUGGCGCGCGACGUCGACAUGAUCAAGCUGCAGCUCAAGCUGCAGGGUUGCGUCUCCCCGCAGGUCAACGCAGGCCCCUUGGCCUACGCCAGGGCUUUCCUAGAUGAGAGCAACGCCAAGAAGUUUCCGGACAACAAAGUAAAGCAACUGAAGGAGGUGUUCCGGCUGUUUGUGGAGGCAUGUGGGCAGGCUCUGGAGGUGAAUGAGCGGCUGAUCAAGGAAGAUCAGCUGGAGUACCACGAGGACAUGAAGACCAACUACCGGGACAUGGUGCAGCAGCUGGCCGACAUCACACGUGAUGCGGUCCCCAUGGAGUCGGGGCCCCCCACGCGCCCCUCCCUGCGUGACUCCGUCCACGUGUUCAGCGCCAUCAGCGGCACCCCCACGGGGACAACGCUCAGUGGGGUCCCCCACUCCUCCUCCUCCGUUUGAGAGGGGCCCUGGGGUCCCCCACUCCUCCGUUUGAGGGGGGCCCUGGGGUCCCCCACUCCUCCGUUUGAGGGGGGCCCUGGGGUCCCCCACUCCUCCUUCACGUGAGGGGGGUAGUGGGUGUGCCCUGGUAGAUGGAGGGGGUCCAUUGAGAACGAUGGCGGUUUGGGGGGGCUGGAGGAUUAUGGUUGUUCCGUAGGAGUUAACAGUGGCCGUGUCUCUGUCCCAUACGGGUUCACAGUGACCGUGUCUCCGUCCUGUACAGGUUCACAGUGACCGUGUCUCUGUCCCGUACGGGUUCACAGUGACCGUGUCUCCGUCCUGUACAGGUUCACAGUGACCGUGUCUCUGUCCCGUACGGGUUCACAGUGACCGUGUCUCUGUCCUGUACGGGUUCACAGUGGCCGUGUCUCUGUCCUGUACGGGUUCACAGUGACUGUGUCUCUGUCCUGUAUGGGUUCACAGUGACCGUGUCUCUGUCUUGUACGGGUUCACAAUGACCGUGUCUCUGUCCUGUACGGGUUCACAGUGCCCGUGUCUCUCUCCCGUACGGGUUCACAGUGACCGUAUCUCUGUUCCAUUCUGGUUCACAGUGACCGUGUCUCUGUCCUGUACGGGUUCACAAUGACCGUGUCUCUGUCCUGUACAGGUUCACAGUGACCGUGUCUCUGUCCCAUACUGGUUCACAAUGACCAUGUCUCUGUCUUGUACGGGUUCACAAUGACCGUGUCUCUGGCCUGUACGGGUUCACAGUGACCGUAUCUCUGUCCCGUACGGGUUCACAGUGACCGUGUCUCUGUCCCGUACGGGUUCACACUGACCGUGUCUCUGUCCCAUACGGGUUCACAGUGACCGUGUCUCUGUCCUGUACGGGUUCACAGUGGCCGUGUCUCUCUCCCAUACGGGUUC